AUGUUUCUUCAAAUUUUACCAGUCCUAUUAGCUGUCCAACAAGUUUUACCUGCACCUGAAGUCACGACAACAGGCGGAAACAUUCACGGAAUCAUAUAUGAGCAACAAAAUGUUAUUGGCUACCUGGGAAUUCCAUAUGCGCUUCCACCGUUAGGUGAUCGUAGACUUGAGGAGGCUGUGGAAAGCGUAUCAUCAGUAAACAGAAUUGAAGCUAACACUUGGCCAAAAAAAUGUUUCAAUUUCAAAACAAAGUUGGAGAUGAGUACUAAAUCUGAGGACUGUCUAUAUUUGAGCAUUUUGCUUCCAAAAGUCAAUGGAGGUACUAAAAACACCGAAAAGCUUCAUCUAUUGGUAAUAUUUACAAAUGAUGAUUUUGAAGAAACUACUUUACUAAACUUUACCACCAAAAAUUUGGCAAUUGCUGUUGUACAUUUUCGUCAAGGACCACUAGGGUUUUUUGCUGAUAAAAAUCUCGGUGUUACCGAUGUACAAAUGGCCAUUCAAUGGUUAAACAAAAAUCAACAAAUUUUUGGUUAUAGUGAUUUAACACUGUUAGCUGAAAAUGAUGAUGCAGCUUUACUGGCAUAUGCCUUAGCUGAAACAGAGAUCAAUUUUGCCCGAGCCAUAUUGUUGAAUGGUAACACAGCAACACGACGUUUCAAUCCCGAAUAUCGUCGACUGAAAGGAACCCUAAGAUUUCUGAAAGCUUUAGAUUGUCUUAAAGAUAAAGCAGACGAGACAAAGGCCUGUUUAAAAGUUACAUCAAUUGAUCGAAUAGUUCAGGCUGUACCCAGUUCGACAGAUGAAGACUUUCAAGUUACUUAUAAAAGAGAAGAUUUCGACAAAUUUAUGGACAAAUUUUUCCGGGAAACAGAAUUUAAGAAUGUAAACCUUUUAAAACAGUUGGCCUACUACCACUAUUUGGAAAGAGAUUUGAUUAGUCCAGAUACGUAUGCAUUAUGGCGAGCAACCAGAAAGAUGUUACUUGAUCGUGAUUUUCUUGUUCCAACAAGAAAUUUACUUUCUUCAUUGAAGCCUACGACUAAUCCUGUUUAUGUGUUAGAAUAUGAUGCUGAAAAUCCAAUAGCUAAGUGUUUGCAGUUGAGAACUCACCAAUUUAUGGCAGCAUUUUGUUCACGUGUUUGGAAUUAUUUUACCCGUUAUGCUAUACAUGGAGAACCAGCAGAAAAUAAAUGCGAUUUAAAAGAUCCAUCAUGGCCAAAAUUGGGAUCCAAAAAACGUAAUUACUAUUUAAAGGUAGAUGCAGAAGGCGAAGUUACCUGGCAGUCUAAAUUCUAUCAACCAGCGUUUGCAUUCUGGAAAACUUUGAUACCAAUGAUCGAAAAUCUAAAGCUUCAGAAUACACCGAAAAUCGCCACAAAUAAUCGAUCGUCAAAGACUGAACUCUAA